UUAAAGUAUCUUAAAACAAAAAAUUCCUUGAAAAGUUUUUCAAUUUAUAAAUCUGUUUUUCAAUACGUGAUGACAUCGAAUAACGCGGUCAUAUAUGAUAUCUGCGUAUCAGCGUCUUGAAACUUGACAGUCAUUAUCGGAAUAACUACGGGUACAACAGUCACGACGAUUAUAUAGUUUCAACUUGCAAACGAACGUAGAGCAUUCACGUAUUCGACGAACGACAACAGUACAUUAAUCCCGUCUAAAAUUUGUUAAGGAUCGAGUGAGCGUGUCAGAAUGAAGAACGGCAAUCUAAUCGUAGCAGAAGCCCUGAAAGAACAGGGCUUGACUUAUGUUUUCGGCAUUAUGGGACAUCCUGUGAUUGAUUUGGCUUUAACAAUGCAAUCUGUCGGUAUGCAGUAUCUAGGUUUUAGAAACGAGCAGGCCGCCUGCUAUGCCGCGCAAGCUUACGGAUAUUUAACGAGAAAACCUGCAGUGGUGUUAUGUGUCUCUGGUCCGGGGUUGCUGCAUGUUAUUGGUGGUAUGGCAAAUGCGCAAGUAAAUUGUUGGCCUGUUCUCGUACUAGGAGGCUCUUGUCCAGAGGAUCAUGAGGGUAUCGGUGGCUUUCAGGAAUGGCCACAGGUCGAGGCAAGUAGACCAUACUGCAAAUACGCGGCAAGGCCACCAUCAGCCGCGCUUAUUCCGUUGCAUGUUGAAAAGGCUGUACGACUCGCUACUUAUGGUAGACCAGGUGCUGCUUAUCUCGAUUUGUCCGCUACAUUACUGACUCAAAAUGUGGACGAAAGUAAGAUUGCUAAGGUUUUAUGCUGUCCACCGCCACCACUAAUGUAUCCCGAUACGAAAUUAAUCGAGCAGGCAGCGAAUUUAUUGAUAAAGGCAAACAAGCCUUUGGUGAUAGUCGGCAAGGGUAAACGAACGGAUUUACAAAAAAUUUUUAUUAUUCUGAUUAUUUUUUCUCUUUCCAAUCUCUUUUACAUUUAUCGAAAUUAAAUGUAAAAGAAUUAUAUACAGGAUAGACGGAAGUUUGUAAUAAAUAAUUACAAAUCAUUUAAAUAAUAAGUAAUAUUUAAAAAAUAAUUAAUAUUUAACAAUAAGUAAUAUUAUAAAAAAUAAUUAAUAAAUAAUUACAAUUAUUGAUAUCAUUUUUUUUAUCAGUAUUAAUCUAAAGCUCCGUAGAUCGAUUUGUGUGCUGAAGAAUUACAUAAUUCUGUACUAUCUGCCGUCGCUAUUCAAUCAGACAUUGCACCCGCAACAGAAUAUCUGUCAAAUGCAUUGAGGAGUCGAAAAUGGUGCAUUGACCAAAAUAAUCAUCCUUGGUGGAAGGAACUCGCAGCGAAAGCCGAACAGAAUAAGCAAUCAGUUCACCGGAUGUCGAUGGAUACUAGUGUGCCACUAAAUUAUUACACUGUAUUUAAGCACAUUCAAGAUGUUAUUCCAAAAGAUUGCAUUAUUUGUUCCGAGGGAGCUAAUACAAUGGACAUCGGACGAACCAUUCUCUUAAACAAUUUACCUCGUCAUAGACUAGACGCCGGUACGUUUGGCACUAUGGGUGUAGGGCUUGGAUUUGCGAUCGCAGCUGCUCUUUAUUGCAAAGAUAACGCACCGAAAAAAAGAGUAAUUUGUGUGGAAGGAGACAGCGCUUUUGGAUUUUCCGGCAUGGAAAUUGAAACCAUGUUUCGUUACAAACUACCAGUGAUUAUGAUAAUCAUAAAUAAUAAUGGCAUAUAUGGCGGUUUCGAUAAUGAAACCUUCAAACAGAUACAGGCGUCCGGAGAGCCUACGCAAGUGACACCUCCGUAUUCAUUAACAUCUGAAACUCAUUAUGAGAAAUUGAUGGAAAUGUUUGGCAAAAAAGGAUAUUUUUGCACUACUGUGGAAGACAUUCAGCAGGCAUUGAAAUUAUCUCUCAAGGUUGUGGACAGUCCCAGUUUAAUAAACAUUAUGAUUAACCCGCAAGCAGAUCGAAAGAAGCAACAAUUCAAUUGGCUAACAGAAUCAAAAUUAUAGAUAUGGCAUAAUCAAAACGCUUUAUGAAAGCAUCUAUGAUUUUCUCUAAUAUUUUGUUUUCA